UCACAUCAGUCGCCCCUUUGUUCUUAAGUGAUAUGUAAGGGCAAAAUGUUAAAUAAAGUUUAAUGAUGAGCUAAGUCGGUAUUCAGGGUUAUAGUUACAUAUGGUAUAUCAAGGGCUUCUCAUAUCACUGUGUGUUGCCUCGAUUUUGUACGUCCCCGGCUGGCCAUGCCAUGUGGACAAGGUUGGCAACCACAGGUUCGGGAACAACUGUUUACUAAUGUGCCAUUGUCGAAACAAUGAGAAAUGCGACCAGAACGGUACAUGCACAAACGGGUGCGCACAAGGAAUGUUCGGACCAGGUUGUCAGUACGUUGAUAUUGCCCACGAAAACCAAUCUACGGCACGACAUUUAGACAACCUGGAAGGUUCCGAGUCCGAGUUCAAAUACGCCAACCUUGCUGUGGAUUCUGACCCUAACACAUGCAGCUACACAAAGCAAGCAGUCUUUCAAUACGGACACCCUUGGUGGAGACAGUGGUUCCCUUACAAUGUAACAUUCACAUCCAUCGAGUUUCACGUGCACGCGGAUUACGCAGCAAACAUGUCGCUAUUCCGCGUUAGUGUUGCCAACGUAAGUGACUACGAAAACAAAGACGAGUGGCCAAGAAAUACUCUUUGUUACGAGACUCAAUCGGAUGACCCCCCUAUUGCAUCAACCAGCGGUAACCGAUCCGUCCUUGGUGUGUUCUGCAAGCAGCCCGUGGUGGGAAACACCAUCCGUAUUGAGCUGCAGAGAAACCAUACCCAGCUUGUAUUAUGCGAUGUGUAUAUCAGUCAAGACUGUCCAGAGAACCGCUGUGGAUACAACUGCUCCAAAGAGUGCUACUGUCGACCGCCUUAUACACUUCAGGAUAAAAUAGCUGCCGACUGUCCACAUGGCUGCCUCAACAGCAGUCGAUGGGCAAAGGGAUGCGACAAGGUGUGCGACGAUACCCAUUGGGACGAAGGUUGCAGUAAAAAGUGUGGUCAUUGUGCGGGAGGCGUACCUUGUAAUUCAAGUACUGGACAUUGCUAUGGGGGAUGUGAGCCUGGCUACAUGAACUCGCCAUUAUGUGAUAAACAAUGCGACGAUGGAUUUUGGGGAUCAAAGUGCACAUAUAAGUGCGGUAGCUGUCAUAAGGAACAUUGCAAUAAAACCGAUGGCGUGUGCAAAUCAGGGUGCAAAGAUGGCUUCAAGGUGUCGACACACUGUGCUGAUGAAUGCGACGAUGGAUUUUGGGGACCGAGCUGCACAUAUAAGUGCGGUAAUUGUCAUGAGGAACAUUGCAACAAAACCAAUGGCGUUUGCAAAUCAGGCUGCAAAGAUGGCUUCAAGGAUAAGAAACACUGUACUGAUGAAUGCGACGCCGGAUUUUGGGGACCGAACUGCACAAAAAACUGCAAUGGUUGUCACAAUCAACAAUGCAACAAAACCAACGGCGUGUGCAAAUCAGGAUGCAAAGAUGGUUGCAACGAGUCGACACAAUGUAGUCAUGAUUAUUGGUAA